UAGAUAAAGAGGCACAGAUCAAAACUGCAGAGUGCGGAAUACAAUAACCCGGACCUGUCGUUUUAGCAAUAUAUUAGAUACUAUCCACUGACAGAUCAUGGUUGAGUACAAGAUAGAAGUGACAACAGGUGACAUGCAACAUGCAGGAACAUGGGAUCAUGUAUUUCUCACCCUAUUUGGAAAUGAAGGUCAGAGUGAUCGAGCUAACUUGGACAACAUUGGCAGAGACUUUACGACAGGGAGUACAGGGACAUACAACAUAAAAACAAGAAAGUCUCUGGGGAAAUUGCUGCUGGUCAAGGUGGAAAAGGAUCCGUGCUCUAUUUUCCGAGAUGAUGAGUGGUACUGCUCUACAAUAGUGGUGACGACUCCAGACGGAGAAGUCCUUCUUUUCCCCUGUCACAGGUGGAUCUCCAGGGGUGAGGUGGCGGAUCUGAGGGGAGGGAGAGCCAUGAAGGUGUUUGAGGAUGACCAUCCCUUGUUGAUUGAACAUCGAAAAAAAGAGGUGACAUUUAAAAAGAGCUUGUACCAGUGGAAGACAUUGGCUGAAGGACUACCUCAAGUAAACGGCUUUGAUAAUGCGUCCAAUUUCCCAGCUGAAAUCCGCUUUUCUAAGUCCAAAUCAACUGAAAUGGCUGAUACAAAAAAAACCCUUGGUAUUGAACUCAAGCUUAAAGGGAUGAUUGGGUCCACAAAAAAAUGGGAAAGCAUUGAAGAUAUGACAAAAGUCUUCUGGAACAGACGGACAACAAUGUCAGAGUACGUGAGAGAGCACUGGAAGGAAGAUGACUUUUAUGGAUACCAGUUUCUAAAUGGUAUCAACCCCAAUAUGAUUAAAUGCUGCUCGGAGCUUCCCCCAAACUUUCCAGUCUCAGAGGAGAUGGUGAAGCCUUUUCUGGAAGAGGGAACAUCGCUGCAGGCAGAAAUGGAGAAAGGCAACAUAUUCAUCUUUGAUGAGAAGAAGAUGGAUGGAAUUCGCCCAAGAGAUCACGAUGGAGAACCUCUGCCUGUGACUGCUGGUCUCUGUUUGUUCUACAUAAAUCCAGAAAACAAACUGAAACCGAUAGCAAUACAGCUGCAUCAAAAACCAUCUGAGCAGAAUCCCAUCUUUCUGCCGAGUGACACAGAGACAGACUGGCUACUUGCUAAGAUCUUUAUCAGGAAUGCAGAUGUAAUGGAUCAUGAGUCGACUCAUCACCUCAUGUGUACUCACUUUAUGUCUGAGGUUUAUGCUAUUGCCACUCUUCGCUGCUUCCCUGUGAUUCAUCCACUCUACAAGCUGCUGAUUCCACACUUCCGGGUCACUCUCUACUUAAACACAAUAGGCCGAAAAGAGCUUUUUGGACCUGAUGGGGCUCUAACUAUGAGCUCACUUGGUUAUGAGGGGAUGAUAGAGCUUAUGAGAAGGACUCACUCUGAAACAACCUACAGCUCCCUCUGCCUGCCAGAAAACAUCGCUGAACGGGGACUGGAGUCAGUCCCUGACUUCUACUACAGAGAUGAUGGACUGUCAGUGUGGAACAUUAUCAACAGAUUUGUGAAGGCAGUGGUAGAGUUCUAUUAUCCCACAAACAGUGAUGUCUGUAAAGACGCUGAGCUGCAGGAAUGGAUCAGUGAGAUAUUCACUCAUGGCUUCUUGGGAAACAAAGCAUCAGGAAUACCAGAAUGCUUUCAUUGUACAGAGGAAGUGAUCAGAUUCAUCACCAUGGUGAUCUUCAUAUCUACAGCUCAACAUGCUGCAGUCAAUAAUGGACAGUUCGACUACUUCUCCUGGUUGCCAAAUGGUCCAAUCCUGCUGCACAAACCUCCUCCAACCACUAAGGGGCAGUCAAGCAUGACGACGAUUUUGGAGACUCUCCCAAAUAUUGGAGAUACUGCCAAACUACUGGCGUUGUUGUGGUUACUUUCAAAAAGAUACACUGACUUUGUUCCCUUGGGUGCUUACCCUGAACAACGAUUCGAUGAACCUGCCCUGAAGCAGAUGAUUAAGGAGUUUCAAGCAGAGUUGUCUUACCUCAGUGAAGAAAUAACGGCAAGAAACUCACAGCUGGAAGUGCCCUACACAUACCUGAACCCAGCUGAGAUAGAAAACAGUAUCGCGACUUAAGACAAUCAGAGGAAGCAAUUCUGGAUGAUCAACUGACCGCAUUAGACCUUUCUAAGACAUUAGACAUUUCCUUUCUUAUAAGAUAUUAACAGCAUGACGGCGGAGAUGAAAAUACACAUAAUAAUAAAUGGUUUUCCAGUGAAAAAGAAAACCCCCAAAACAAAAUUGGCAGCUGUGGUUGCCAGAAUAAUUCUGUAAAACAAAUACAGUAAAAACAUCAUUAACUUUAGCGCACAAUCUGCAAGUUUUAAAUAUUUUUGUAGAUUACUUUAUUUUUUACAUUUCUUCCAAGGCUGCCUCAUCAGUCUUUUCCUGCUCCACCUAUUACUUCUGGCACCUCCGUCUGCAUUUUGCUUCACUUUUACUACCUUACUUUACUAUUUGUCAAACAAUGAAUUGUUCUUUUGUUAUCCACCCCAUGCUUUGGCUUCCCCACCAAAGAAAACCUGACAAAUAAUUGUGUUAUUAAUAUAAUUAAUAAUUGACUGUUAAAUUAGAUUAGAUUAGAAUAGAUUUGACUAUUGUACUGAAUAUAUAUAUAUAUAUAUAUAUAUAUAUAUAUAUAUAUAUAUUUGAUUUGAUUUGGUUGUUCUGAAUUUUGUUCACUGAUGUAUAUUUUAAAGUAGAGGUUCUGUGAUUCAGAUCAUAACAGAGACAUAUUUUCGUUGAUCUACAUUAGUGCUGAAAUCACUUAUUUCAGCUUCAGGUUUUCUUCUAUGUAGUUAUUGUUUUCCCUUCCUUAUGUAACACUACCACAGAUAAAUUAAGUAACACACAUUUAAAUAUACAUCUGGGAAUUAUAAUCCUCUUAAAAAACAGUAAGGUUUUUAGUCGUCUGCAACAUUACCAAAUCUUUUGUAAUGUAACCUCUCAACUCUAAAUGAAUUGCAAUAAAUGCAAUUCAACAUUCA